AUGCCCCUUGAGCCCGAUCACAGCCCGCUGGGGGGCCAUAUCCCGUCACCCGUUCGCCGCCGCCCGCGUGGCUCCGACGGCAUUGCCGCUCCUUCGAACCCUCCUUUCGCAACUAUUCGCACUCUUGUCGCCGCUUGCCACAUUCACGCUCCUGAUAUCCAGAAGAGCUCCAGCGGAUCUCUCAGAUCACCGGAUUCACUGAUCACUAGCUGGCCAUCACUGCUGCUCGCUGCACGCCUUGCACGACACCGUCUCUGCACUACGUUAGUCAUCGCCUGGUUCUGCGAGGGACUGCAGCCAACGCUUGAUUUUCUCUUGAUCUUCAUCUCUCAGACACCACUUCUGCUUGCUGGAGCUGGGUGCCGCCGCGAAGAGCUCUCUUGCUCUCCCGCACAUCUGAAACGGCACCCCCCGUCUCGGUCGUACGUGCACGAUUUCAUCCUGAUCCCCUCCCAUUACCGAGUCUGCCCAGUACCGACGUCCCACGCCUCUUUGGUGCAGUCUCCCGAAUCCCCCGAGAAGAAAAAAAAAAGAACACUCCAAGUUGUUGUCGUCCUCGCCGUUGCUUGUCUUUCCAUCGGUUCCUCGCACUACAGCACAACGUGCGACUUGUACGACAUUGCACCUGAUUCGCCGGGUGGGCAGGAUAGACACAACGUACGGCAUACAACCGGGUCGCCCCAAUACCGCGCAGUACUGUCACGUCGUUUUAUUUGGCUUCGCGAGAUCGAAGGCCACUGGUUUGUUGAAGAGUAA